UCCAAAGGACGAAGCAUUAUAAUGGCGGACCUGUUGAUCAGCAAUCUAGAGGAACCAGUCUGGAUCUAUCGUGAGACUUCCCAGCUAGAAGUCACUACCGAUGAUCGGGUGACGAUUGUAUGCGCAGCUUUGAUCUACAACCACACCGAUCAGAUCACGUUUUACCUGAAUGAAACAGUAGUUGUGCAGAGCGAUGAGGAAGGUUUACUCCUAGAAAGCUGGUAUGAAGGUUACGCCUUUCGGAAGCGUUUGGUUAUACAAUCGGCUACCGAGGAACAUAACGGUAAGUUACGCUGUGAGGUAAAGGCUCGAAACUCGGAUCAAGUCGUGAGAAAAGAGCUACAACUUCUGGUGAAGGCACCGAUAGCACCGAGUAUUUUGGAUGAUCAUGAGGAAGAACAGCGAGAACUCGGAUUAGGAGAUUCUGUUGCGUUUCAAUGCUUUGUCUCUGGUACGCCAAAACCCUCAAUAGAGUGGUUGAAAGAUGGAGAACCCAUUGAGCAAAACGAAGGAAUUCAUAUGACUAACGAAUCGUUGAUCGUCCAGUUUUUUAAGGGAAAAGAUGCAGGCGUGUACACUUGUCAAGCUAGCAAUAAGAUGGCUACUGUAAGGAAGGUUUGGGACUUAAGAGUGAAAACAAUCGCCAUCAAACAGUCCUUGAUCGUGGUGAUACUGAUGAUUUUAUUUGUGACCAUUAUAGUCAUUGUCCUUAUUUCGCUAUUCUAUUGCAAGAAAAGGCGGGAAUUUUAUGCAUUGAAAGAGGUAGCUUUUACAAACUUCGUUCAAGAUGACAUCAAUCAAAUUGAUCCAGAGCUUACGCUCGACGAACAAGCUGGAGAGUUGUCGUACAAAACAGAGUACGAAUUCCCCAAGGAAAAGUUGAAACUUGGAAAACUCUUAGGAGUGGGAUUGUUCGGUGAAGUGAUGAAAGCUACUGCUCAAGGAAUAAUGGGUAACGAGGAAGAAACGACGGUAGCUGUUAAAAAGGUUAAAAAUCACACUGACAACCAAGUUAUACGAGCGCUUAUCUCCGAGUUCAAAAUCAUGAUUCAUCUGGGACAACAUCUCAACGUCGUUAGUUUGCUGGGAGCUGUUACCAAGAACAUUGCGAAACGGGAAUUGCUGGUUAUAGUAGAAUACUGUCGUUUCGGAAAUAUUCGGAAAUUUCUGCUGCAUCAUCGUCCCUACUUUGUUGACCAAAUCAAACCUGAAACGGAUGAAAUCGAUGGUACUUCACAACCACUGAAAAACAGGAAUACGGAAGUGAAGGACGAAUGUAAGCAAGAGGCAUCCUCAGGAUCAACUUCAGGAAAGUCAAGCCGUUCGGUCACCUCCACGGAUUUGGUCUGUUGGGCCUCCCAAGUGGCCUGCGGCAUGGAAUACUUGGCCUCCAGGAAAGUUGUCCAUGGAGAUCUUGCCGCUCACAAUGUACUGCUCUGUGAAAAUAAUGUGGUCAAGAUCUGCGGCUUCGGAUUAGCUCAAUCGAUGCUCUAGAACGACAAGGAAGAGACUCCGAUGCCGUUCAAGUGGCUAGCCUUGGAGUGCUUCGACGAGAAGGCGUUCAGCACCCAAUCGGAUGUGUGGGCGUACGGUGUUAUGCUGUGGGAACUUUUCUCUCUGGCCAAAGUACCAUAUCCAGGGAUGGGAGCUGAUUCGGAACUGUACAACAAACUACGCGAUGGAUAUCGCUUGGAGAAGCCACAGUAUUCUACCCAGUAUAUCUACGGUAUCAUGUUGAAUUGUUGGAACGCCAAACCAAAUUCCCGUCCGACGUUCAAAGAUCUGAAGCGUCGUCUCGACGCCAUGCUACCCAAGGAUCUGCAAAACCAUUUCAUCGCUCUACAUGAGGCUAUAAACGCAGUAAAAAGAAAACGAGGGCAGAAAGAUUGCUCUGUCAACAUGGGAGCACUGGAAAAGCCGGCAUCUACCGUAUCAUCUGCUUUUGAUGAUGUUGUUUUAUCACAUUUAUCAACAGCAGUCGAUAGUACGGAAUUCUCGCAGGAAGAUACCGAAUCCGACGACUCGGACGGAAGUCAUUUCGAUUCCGUCGCCUUCAACAAGGGCCGACCGUCACUGACACUCAGGACGGUCAGAGGAGAAAUCACGACGCAACAAACAAGCAGCAAAAAACGCAACAAAUGCCAGAGGAGAUACCGAUGUUGUGAACCCAUUAUUGUCUGAAUCUCAGCCUGUUACUUGGACUUGACUCUAUGAAAAAUUACAGUUCAAAUCAUCACUCAAAAACUGCGAAAAAAAAAAUUAAAUGAUACAUAUUCGGAACAGCACAGCCAUAACCAAUUUUUAACACUAAACAUUCCGCCACUUUCUUUAAACCUAUUUAUACCGUAACGAGACUCAAAUAUAUAGUACUGACAAUAUUCAGUUGGAAUCAUUUAUUACAAAGUUA